CAAUAUUCUUAACAGUAUCUGACCAUAACAUCACGCGAUUUUGAUGUGUAUACAAGCGUAAAACCCCAGUGAGGCAAACCUACAACAAACUUAAGGAAUUUUAACAAAUAUGUCUACAUCAAAUGGUUUAUUUGGAUUGAUUUUAAUUGGUUUUGCGACAACAACUUUAGCUGUGUUUAAAGACUGUGGAAGUAAAGAAGCUACUGUAACUAAGGUGCUUUGCAAUGGACAGGACUCGGGACCAUGUCAGUUGAAAAAGGGGACAGACGCUUCGCUGGAGAUAGAUUUUACUUCAAAAACAAGCCAAUCACAACUAACCAGCGUUGUUCACGGUAUUUUGAGUGGAGUUCCAGUUCCCUUUUCUCCCACUGAUACAAACGCUUGCAACGGCAUUGUGGAGAAAUGUCCCAUAGCACCAAAUAACAACUACUCCUUUAAGACCAGCUUACCGGUAAAGAGUAUCUAUCCUUCGCUUCGACUUGUUGUAAGGUGGGAGAUCCAAGAUCCAUCUAGCACGGAUGUCAUCUGCAUCGAGCUGCCUGCAGAAAUUGUCAGCUAGAGAUGCUGUGCAUUUAAAAAAAUCGCCUAAUUAGUGCCGUCGUUCUUAAAAACAGAAAACAUUGGAAAAAGAUUGAGACUGAGCUUAAGUCGAUUAUAGAGCUUGAAAACGCAAUAAACCUAUAAAGGUUAUACAGUAAAGAGUCAAAAGUUAUAAAGUCCAAAGUCAAGCGGAUAAUAAAUUGCUUUCACUGGAACUGGAAGUUAUUUUAUCAUUGUCAGACAACUAAGAAAAAGAUCACCAAAAGUAGUUUCAAUAUAGCACAUAAUCUUUUUAUGUAAGUAGCUGUUAGCAUGUGUACUGCAUGUGCUAAUUAAUGCUAAGGGCAUGUUGUUUAUAAGGUGUUUUAAGUCAAAAUAUAUUAUUUAUAUUUAUCACUUUUAUUUUGAUCUGAUUUGUAGUCCACAGUCUGUUUACAAUUUCUGUAUAGCUAUAACAUUAACUGUAUUCAUAAUUUAACUAAUUUGAAUGAAAAUCAAAUAAAGAUUGGCCUGAUGUUGAAAACGGUUUUAAGCAGUUUUAUAUAUACAGGAAGGUUGUGUGAAUGCACAAUUAUUUUUGUAGUAGUUAUUUCUGAUACCUUUGCUAUGUUAAAGGGAUCUUUUCACGCUUUGGUAAAUUGACAAAAUUGAAAAAAGUUGUUUCAGAUUCGCAAAUUUUCGUUUUAGUUAUGAUAUUUGUGAGGAAACAGUAAUACUGAACAUUUACCAUGGUCAUAUAUAGCCAUUAUAUGCAUCUUUUGACGAUUUUAAAACCUAAAAAUUAUAAAGCGUUGCAACGCGAAACGAUUGAAUAAUUUGGAGAGUUCUGUUUUUGUCGUUAAAUUUUGUGAAACUACGAAGAUUGCUUAUAUAAGGUAUAAAAUACGUCAUGCAUGUGUACUUGGCGGAAUAGCUCAGUAGGCUAAAGCGUUUUUACUUCAGGACUCUGGCAGGACUCUAGGGGUCACUGGUUCGAAACCUGGUCCGGGCAAUGUUCUUUUCCUUUUUUAAAUUUUAUUCUUGAUUUUUUACUGGAGCUUUUACGAUCCAAUGUUUACAUUUAUCGAUAUAAAGCAUUUAAUGAAUAAGUUAAAAAAUGCCAAAAUCUGUGAAAAGGCCCCUUUAAGAUAAUUUAUGCAAAUACAAUUGAUUGUUUGAGGUAAA